AUUCUAUCGUUCUAUACAAGCUUCAAAAAUCAACACAUUUGCAUAUUCAUAUUACAGUCUCAUUUUCACAUAUCCUUAAAAUAUAAGCUUCUCUUGUUUUCAAAGCCAAAAAUGUCAACCACCAUUGAUGUCCCAGAAUCAAGCAAUGUUUCUAAAGGAAAAGCAGUUUUAGUUGCAACCCCGAGGCCAGGAGGGUGGAAGAAAGGGGUAGCCAUAAUGGAUUUCAUUCUAAGGUUAGGUGCAGUAGCAGCGGCUCUUGCUGCUGCUGCCACUAUGGGAACUAGUGAUCAAACGCUCCCUUUCUUCACUCAGUUCUUUCAGUUUGAAGCUAGUUAUGAUAGCUUCACUACUUUCCAGUUUUUCGUUAUUACAAUGGCUUUGGUGGGUGGCUACCUGGUGCUAUCCCUACCUUUCUCUGUUGUAGCCAUUAUACGCCCCCAUGCAGCUGGACCAAGACUUUUCUUGAUUAUCUUAGACACCGUGUUUCUCACUCUGGCCACUGCCAGUGCUGCAUCUGCUGCUGCAAUAGUAUACUUAGCACACAAUGGGAACCAGGAUUCAAACUGGCUAGCCAUCUGCAACCAAUUUGGGGACUUUUGUGCACAGACAAGUUCAGCAGUGGUGGCAUCCUUCGUCGCUGUGGUUGUCUUAGUGUUGUUGGUUGUCAUGUCUGCUUUGGCUCUUGGGAAACGUUGAGAAUUAACAUGCAUGCUUGUGCCUUAGGGCUUCACUUAUGUGUAUUAUUAAUCCUCAUUUUGAGGUUUCCAUUAAGUUAAUGGAUCGUGUCCUAUAAUUGAUUUGGGAAGAUGUUGCAAUGAAAUAUUUAAAUAUAAUUUACA